AUGGCCCAGGGCGGCGACGGCGUCUACGCCCUUGUUCGGACCACAUACCCCGAUUGCCAUGGCGCGCCCUGCGUUGACGAGAUGAGGGCGAAACUCACGGGUCCCACGGGCCUUCACUUUGAGAUGACCGACGAGGGUCUCUGCCCCAUACACAGGCCGAUCGUUGAGAAAGCUCAGAGCGAAGCUCGGACUCAAAAGACGGAGCCGGAGCAGGAGUCGGGGUCGGGGUCGGACUCGAAGCAGGACGGUACUGGUACUGGUGCUGGUGCUAGUGCCAGUGCUGAUCCCAUGUCCCUUGAGGGUCUGAACAUCUCGACCGAAGCAAUGACUGGCGAAAAGGAGUAA